GCCGGCCCGGAAGGAGCUGACGGGAGCUGGGACCACGGCAGCCAUCGCGCUGUGCUGUUCUGUCUCGAAGGGUAUAGGGAAGACGACAAGUCGGAAAUUGCGCUCUCUACAGUUGCAGACCCUAUAAGAUUUGGAUAUGUCCUUCAUAUUUGACUGGAUUUACAGUGGUUUCAGCAGUGUGCUACAGUUUUUAGGACUGUAUAAGAAAACUGGUAAAUUGGUAUUUCUUGGAUUGGAUAAUGCAGGAAAAACAACACUGCUACACAUGCUAAAAGAUGACAGACUUGGACAGCAUGUCCCAACGUUACAUCCUACUUCAGAAGAACUGACCAUUGCUGGCAUGACUUUUACAACUUUUGAUCUGGGUGGACAUGUUCAAGCACGAAGAGUAUGGAAAAAUUACCUUCCUGCUAUCAACGGCAUUGUAUUUCUGGUGGAUUGUGCAGACCAUGAAAGGCUGUUAGAAUCAAAAGAAGAACUUGAUUCACUAAUGACAGAUGAAACUAUUGCUAAUGUGCCUAUCCUGAUUUUUGGGAAUAAGAUUGACAGACCUGAAGCGAUCAGUGAAGAGAGGUUACGAGAAUUGUUUGGUUUAUAUGGUCAGACAACAGGAAAGGGCAGUGUAUCUCUGAAAGAAUUAAAUGCCCGGCCCUUAGAAGUCUUCAUGUGCAGUGUGCUCAAAAGACAAGGCUAUGGAGAAGGCUUCCGCUGGAUGGCACAGUACAUCGAUUAACACCAACCCAGAUGGGUUCCAGGUCUCAUCAUUCAGGCCUACCCAGAGAUUUGAUCACCCAACAUAAAUAACUUGAAUUCAAUAGACUUUUGUUGGUUAUAAAGCGGAUGUUUUUUAGAUUAUUAAUAUCAACUUAAUUUGGAUGAAAAUUGAAAACUGAUUUGAAUAAGUUUGAAUAUCACAAUGUUAGCUUUCUAAUUCCAUAAAAAUAAUCAGUUUUUACAGUUUAUAAUCCGACAUCCCUAGUACCAUUUAUAAAGGGCAACUUUGCAGCAGUACAUUUGAAGCACUUUUGACAACAUAAAACUACAACUGUAAACCUUAUUUAAAAGCUCAUAAUGUUAAAUUUUUUAUGUACUUUUUUGGGACUAGGUUUAAAUUUUUAGAUUAUAUGUCUACCUAUCUUAAGAGUACGGUUAAUAAUUAGCUUAUCAAUGAUUGCAUGAUGCCUUACAAUUUUCAAUAAUUUUUUUCUUAUGCAAACGUCAUGCAAUAAAACAAACUAAUGUUUGGCAAA